CCAGCGCCCAACUGAAACUGCAGCAGUCGCGGCAGCACCCGGCGCUCGGUCGCUCUCUCGCCCGCCGCGGAAGGUCUCGAACCACCGGAGCAGCGGCGGCGCCGUCUUGGAGGAUCUCCGUCUCCGUCCGAAUUCCGAGGGUUUCCUCGGAUUGGCGAGGGACCGUGUCCGUGUCCGGCGAUGGCGUCCGUUUCGCCUCGGAACCGCGUCGACCAGUUUUUUGCUUCGAAGAAAAGGAAAUCCUCCUCGCCUCAUCCGAAAUCACGGAGGGCCGAAAGUAAUGAGGUAACCCCUCUUGGAGGGUCGCCUAGUGCCAAAGGCACCUUAGACAAUUACUUGAGGACCUCUCAGGAAGGUGGUUGUGCUGCCAAGCCCUUGCAUACUGUUAGUGAUUAUUCAUCAGUGGGUCACGAUUCAGUUAAGCGGAAUCUGUUACAGAAGGCAGAGAAAAACUUGAAGCCUGAAAAUAAGCAAGUACAGUUGUCCGCUGAAGUGCCUAAGCCCGAGGAAGCUGCUCAGAAGGAUGCAUCUCACAGUUCAUCUGACCUGGAGUGUGCUGCGGCUGAUGCUCCUUCACAGGAUUGCCUCUUGCCUGCAAAUGGCACAGAAAACUCGGAACUUAAACAGUUUUCCAAUGAUUUAUUGUCAUUAUACUGCAGUAAAAUCCAAUCAAGUUUACCGGCAGAUGGAAUUUCUAAUGUUAAGAGACGCGAUAACCCAUCUUUACUUGAUGAGGAAUCACAGAGAUCCAAUAAGAGGUUUCAAAUGACUGGUCAAUCACAAGUAGCUGAUGAUUACAGUUUCCACAAAGGAAAGGCUACGUUAGAAAGGGUUCCAUGUUCAGUUUCUGAAACCAGGAAACACGCAUUCGAUUCUUUUAAAGAGGAACCUGUUGCGGACGCUCUCAUUGAGCUUCAAGCAAGCUUGAAGAAAUGCAAACAGCCACCUCCAUCAACUGUACAUAUGAUUGGGUGCUCCACGCCUGUCUCACUGGUUGUAAAAUCCUCUGCCAAUAAAACACCUAGUUCAACAUGUGGAAGCUCUAUGUUUUCCCCUGGCGAAGCAUUUUGGAGUGAAGCAAUUAAGCUUGCUGAUGGUUUUUGUGCUCCUGCAAAUCAUUCUAUUUCUGAAGCUUUUGAGGAAGAUCACCUUGUAGGAAAAGUGUGUCAACCGGACAGAUCAGAUCAUGAGGAGAACGGGGCAACACUACAUGAUAGGAACAACAGAGUCUAUUGUAAGAAAACUAUUACAUCAGAAUCAGUAGAGAAGCACACACAAGGCUCUCUGAAAGAAGUCUCUCCUUUGCCUGUCAAGCAUUUUGACUUUUCUUGCGAGGACAAGAACUUGGAUAAAGUCAUUGGCAAUAGUUCUGAUCCACAGUAUUUGAGAGCUGCAACCUGCAGAGAUGACAAUCAGCCUGAUUGUGAAUCUGUAGGCCCAAAAGGUCUUCGGAGUACAAGUACAUUAGCUCGCUGUAGCAAUGGACAGAAGACAGAAGAGCAUGAGAAUCAACCAAUGGAUCCAUUGGAUACAUUAAUAAAAAGAAAAGCGGAUUUAUUUAGUCAAAAUGAUGACAGCUCAAAAUCUGAUUCGCCAAUGUAUCCUGUGAAGAAUUUGUCUGCCGAUCAUCAAAAUGGCGAAGCUUGUACUCCAAGUAGUAUGCAGAACAAAGAUAAUCUUGACAUUAGCAAUUGGCUUCCUCCUGCAAUAAGCAGCUUAUAUAGGAAGAAAGGAAUACUUAGGCUAUACCAGUGGCAGGUUGACUGCCUUCAGGUUGAAGGUGUGUUGCAGAGAAAGAAUCUUGUAUAUUGUGCGUCUACGAGUGCUGGUAAAAGUUUUGUAGCUGAAAUUUUGAUGUUGCGAAGAGUCUUAUCAACUGGAAAAAUCGCACUACUGGUUCUUCCUUAUGUUUCUAUUUGUACAGAGAAGGCAGAACACCUUGAAGCCCUUUUGGAACCACUAGGUAAGCAUGUGCGAAGUUACUAUGGAAGCCAAGGUGGUGGAACACUUCCUAAGGACACUUCAGUGGCUGUCUGCACUAUAGAAAAGGCAAACUCCUUGAUAAAUAGGCUGCUGGAGGAGGGUCGUCUAUCAGAAAUUGGAAUUGUGGUGAUAGAUGAAUUGCAUAUGGUUGGUGACCAAAGCAGGGGUUAUCUUUUGGAACUUAUGUUGACAAAGCUCCGUUACGCUGCUGGUGAAGGCAACUCUGACUCAAGCAGCGGAGAAAGCUCAAAUACUAGCAGUAGUAGAGCUGACCCUGCUCGUGGACUGCAAAUUGUGGGGAUGAGUGCGACCAUGCCAAAUGUGGCAGCAGUUGCUGAUUGGCUUCAGGCUGCAUUAUACCAGACGGACUUUCGACCAGUUCCAUUGGAGGAAUAUAUUAAGGUGGGGAACACCAUUUAUAAUGAGAAGAUGGACAUAAUCAGAACAGUUUCAAAAGCAGCCGAACUUGGUGGUAAAGAUCCAGAUCACAUUGUAGAACUUUGCAAUGAGGUUGUUCAAGAAGGUCAUUCAGUCUUAAUAUUUUGCUCAAGUCGCAACGGCUGUGAAUCAACUGCAAGACAUGUUGCCAAGUUUCUGCGGAAGUUCUCUGUCAAUCUUCAGAAUUCCGAUGAGUUUACUGAUAUUGCUUCUGCUAUCGAUGCCUUGAGAAGGAGCCCUGCUGGAUUGGACCCUAUAUUAGAAGAGACUCUUCCUUCUGGUGUUGCUUACCACCAUGCUGGCCUUACUGUUGAGGAAAGAGAGAUAGUUGAGACCUGUUACCGGAGAGGCCUUCUACGUGUCUUGACUGCCACAUCUACAUUAGCUGCUGGGGUCAACCUUCCAGCCAGGAGGGUCAUUUUCCGACAACCCAGAAUUGGCCGUGAUUUUAUUGAUGGGACUAGGUACAAGCAGAUGGCCGGUCGAGCCGGUCGGACUGGUAUAGAUACCAAGGGUGAAAGUAUACUUAUUUGUAGAUCGGAAGAGGUUAAAAGAAUUGUCGCCCUUCUGAAUGAAAGCUGUCCACCAUUGAAUUCUUGUCUAUCUGAGGACAAAAAUGGAAUGACUCAUGCGAUCUUAGAAGUUGUUGCUGGUGGGAUAGUUCAAACUGCUAAUGAUAUCAAUCGAUAUGUCAGGUGUACUCUUCUCAAUUCUACAAAUCCAUUUCAAGAUGUGGUUAAAUCAGCACAGGAUUCUCUCCGAUGGUUGUGUCACAAAAAGUUUCUUGAAUGGAAUGAGGAAACCAAGUUAUACAGUACAACUCCUCUCGGGCGUGCAGCUUUUGGAAGUUCUCUCUCACCAGAUGACUCACUGAUUGUACUGGAGGAUCUUUCUAGAGCUAGAGAAGGAUUUGUGCUUGCAUCUGAUCUGCAUUUAGUUUAUUUAGUUACCCCGACUAAUGUUGAUGUCGAGCCAGAUUGGGAACUUUAUUACCAAAGGUUCAUGGAAUUGUCUGCUCUGGAUCAGUCAGUUGGGAAUCGAGUUGGAGUGUCUGAACCCUUUUUGAUGCGAAUGGCACAUGGUGCUCCUAUGCGCACCAUAGGCAGAUUGAGGGAGCAUACAAAAGGAUCACAUGGUAAAUUGCAAAAGCUGUCUGGAAUCUCAAACAACCAUGUGCUUCCAGAUGAGAAAGCAUUUCGUGUGUGUAAACGAUUUUAUGUUGCUCUCAUUUUGGCAAGAUUAGUGCAGGAAGCUCCUGUGGCUGAAGUCUGUGAAGCAUAUAAAGUGGCCAGAGGAAUGGUUCAAGCUUUACAAGAAAAUGCAGGUCGAUUUGCUUCAAUGGUUUCUGUAUUCUGUGAGAGGCUUGGAUGGCAUGAUCUAGAGGGCUUGGUUGGCAAGUUCCAAAAUCGUGUGUCCUUUGGAGUGAGAGCAGAGAUUGUAGAGCUUACGAACAUCCCAUAUGUUAAGGGAUCUCGAGCCAGAGCACUGUAUAAAGCUGGCCUGCGCACACCUUUAGCAAUUGCAGAAGCUUCCACUUCUGAAAUAGUAAAAGCUCUAUUUGAAUAUUCUUCAUGGGCUGCUGAAGAAAGCUCAGCACAAAGGCGCUUACAAGUAGGAGUUGCCAAAAAAAUAAAGAAUGGGGCACGCAAGAUUGUUCUAGAUAAAGCCGAGGAAGCAAGAAUUGCUGCCUUCUCUGCCUUCCAGUCUCUUGGGUUAGACAUCACGCAAUUUUCUCGACCUGUGCCAACUAUGAUGGGAAAUCACAUGGGACAAGGGCAUGUGAGAACGUCCUCUGGUGUUGAAACCACUGAUAAUACGUCGGGUCUGAAAUCCUUGGAGCAUGUUCUGCCUGUGGCAAUUGUCGGGGAGAGCAAGAAAUCUAAUAGAGUUGCAGAGACUCGAAGGGAGACGUUGGAGACAAAGUCAUUUGAUGAAUCUAAUGCUUCAGAAAGUGUGAUGUUAACUAGUGAAAUUGCAACUCAUGCUGCUAAUGUGCCUCCCUUCCCGGCUGAAGAUCCUAUAGCAGUUGGUGAUGAGCCUAACGUUGCAACUAUUUGUGGAAAAGAUGCUGAUACAACUACCACCAUACUAGUAGAGAGUUAUGGUCACAGAAACCGAAAUUCUGUUGGAACUGAUGCUCGUGUUGAUCAUGGUGUUCAGAUAUCGGUAAGCAGCGUGCAAAAUAAAGAUUGCACAGAUAAAGGCCCUGUUACUGCAGUUAAUACUCCUGGCGGAAUCGAUACUUUCUUGGAUCUUUGGGAUACUACCAACGAAUUUUAUUUUGACAUCCACUACACUAAACGGAAAGAGGUGAAUUCUGUGGCGCCGUUCGAGAUAUGUGGUUUAGCAGUGUGUUGGGAAAAUUCACCAGUAUACUAUGUUAAUCUUCCCAAGGAUCUAAUGAGGACCAUUGAGAGAAAAAGCAGUUACCUAUUAACAUCAUCUACUGCAAAUGAAAGUUCACUUCAGCAUGCUUGGUUGGAAGGCAUCAAAAUACGGUGGAAUAGGAUCCGUGGUAUAAUGGGAAAAAAAUCUGUCCAAAAAUUUUCGUGGAAUUUGAAAGUUCAGAUUCAGGUUCUCAGGAAUUCUGCAGUUUCUGUACAGAGAAUUGGUCAUCCAUAUCUUGCAGGGAAAGAUAUGGGUCUUGAAAUUUUAGAUAACUCAUACUUGGUGUUGCCACCUGUCAAUGUGAACGAUGGAAUUGAUAUUUGUGUUGUAGCAUGGAUUUUGUGGCCUGAUGAGGAGAGGAGCUCUUGUCCAAACCUGGAGAAGGAAGUCAAGAAAAGGUUACCAAGUGAGGUGGCCGCAGCUGCUCAUCGCUGUGGCAGGUGGAAGAAUCAAAUGAGAAAAUCUGCACAUGAUGGUUGCUGUCGACGGGUGGCGCAGACGAGAGCAUUACGUUCUGUUCUUUGGAAAUUACUUAUCGAUGAAGAACUAUUCGAACCACUUAUGAUGAUUGAAGUUCCACUGGUUAAGGUUCUUGCAGACAUGGAGCUCUGGGGAAUAGGUGUUGACCUGGAGGGGUGCCUCCAGGCACAUAACAUUUUGGGGCAAAAGUUGAGGCAUCUUGAGAAGGAAGCUUAUAGAUUGGCUGGGAUUACAUUCUCACUCUAUGCAGCUGCAGAUAUUGCAAAUGUCCUUUAUGGACAUCUAAAAUUGCCCAUACCCGAAGUCCUUGGGAAAGGAAAACAACAUCCAAGCACAGACAAGCACUGUUUGGAUUUAUUAAGGAAUGAACAUCCUAUUAUUCCCAUCAUCAAAGAGCAUAGAACGUUGGCAAAGCUCCGGAACUGUACGCUUGGAUCAAUUUGUUCCCUUUCCAGGCUUUCUACAAGUACUCAGAAGUACACACUCCACGGCCACUGGCUACAGACAUCAACAGCAACUGGACGGCUAUCAAUGGAAGAGCCUAAUCUUCAGUGUGUUGAGCAUGCGGUUGAAUUCAAGAUGAAUACAGAUAAGACUGCAGUUGAAAAUGGUGCAGAUCAUCACAAAAUCAAUGCUCGAGAUUUCAUUGUUCCUACUCAGGAGAACUGGUUGUUAUUAACAGCAGAUUAUUCUCAGAUCGAACUACGGUUGAUGGCACAUUUCUCUGGAGACGCUUUUCUGAUUGAACUGCUGAGCAAGCCUAAUGGGGAUGUCUUUAAAAUGAUAGCAGCUCGAUGGACGGGAAAGACAGAAGAUGCUGUUAGCUCCCAUGAACGUGAUCAAACAAAACGUAUGGUCUAUGGCAUUAUUUAUGGGAUGGGUGCUAAGACCUUAGCUGAACAAUUGGAUUGUACCCCUGAUGGAGCCACAGAAAAAAUUCAAAGCUUUAAAACAAGCUUUCCUGGUGUUGCUUCUUGGCUUCGUGAGGCAGUCUCAUCUUGCCGUCAGAAAGGGUAUGUGGAGACUUUGAAGGGAAGAAAACGUUUCCUGUCGAAAAUAAAAUUUGGAAAUAGCAACGAACAAUCAAAAGCUCAGAGGCAAGCUGUAAAUUCAAUUUGUCAGGGAUCUGCAGCUGACAUAAUCAAGAUAGCGAUGAUAAAUAUUCACUCAGUGAUACUUGGAAUUGAAUUUGAUUCUAGCUCUCUGCGCGAGACAAAUUUUCACAUGCUGAAGGGCCGGUGUCGAAUUCUGUUGCAGGUCCAUGACGAAUUAGUGCUUGAAGUCGAUCCUACUGUUCUAAAGGAUGCUGCGCUACUCCUGCAAAGGAGCAUGGAAAAUGCUGUCUCACUUAGGGUUCCUUUGAAUGUCAAAUUGAAAGUUGGGAGAACUUGGGGUUCCUUGGAGCCUUUUUGCACAGAAAAUCAAGAGCAAGUUGUAGCCGGUGGUUCUUAGGUAACAAAAGAUCUUUAUUGUAUAUCUACUCCAAUAAAUUGAUCAAUAAGGCGGAACUUUCCACUACCAGCUUCUAUCUGUUCAACAAAUGUCUGGACAUUCUGACAUUAGAUGAGAACGAAGAUGUGGGUCAAUGUCUCUAGGUACAAGACCUGCUUAUUUGGGAGCACAGUGAAUGCUCCAGUGGAGAAAGUUGGCUCAUAGACCAGGCAUAUCGUUCUUUCCAUCAUCAGAGAGGCCCAUUAAGACAGUUCUCCUGGAGUUGGCAAGCAAUUGCUGCUUCAAAGCAGGCAAGUUCAGGAGCUACCACUGGAGAAUAUGCUGUCCUCGUCUAAUUUAUGCAUUGUGGGUACAUCUAGAAUGAAAAUUGGUGGUUAAUUCUGCAUUGGGCUGCUUCUCCAAAUUGUAUGAUUUUAAGUGUCCUGGCAAGUUGGGUACGGCUUGCAAGGAUGCCAAUUUGCAGAGUGACUAGAAUUCCAGUGAGGCAUCAUUUGUCAUAGUGGCGCUUUGUGGAUGGUCCAGCAGAGGAGCUGGUGUUUGAAGAACUUUAGAUUGAGCUCCGUCUCUGAAUCUGAUCAUGCAGUGUGCUUCAUUUGAGACGACUUCUGAUGGUGCCUUUUAAAGGAUUUAUAACGGGCUUGCGUGGCUGUGAUAUAUCAGAGAAGUGGACGUUGCUGUAUCACUGGAGAAAUGAAAUGUAUGCUCCCUCCCCAACCGGACAUUGAAAUGUUCAACUCAGACAGAGCUUAUGAGGAAUUGGAAGAUUGUUGGUAGUGCAGCAGUUGCAAAGUCUCUCUGUCGGAUUCCGAUGUUCUCGUCCCAAACCACUUGGCCAUGACCACUGGGGUCUUCUGGUACAGGCAUUUGUGCUUUGGCUUUGUUUCCGUUUCUCUUAACUUAAGGGGCUCAUCUACAUGUGCGUAAGGAAGUGUAUGAUGAACAUGUGGCCCUUCAAGACGGGUGGCCACUGACCUGAGUUCCAUGCUUGAGUUAUGUGUAACUUGUAGCUAAGUUGUUCAAGAUGUCACAGUGUCGUUCGACGAAAUUUGUUAACCCUUGGCAUUGCUCCUAUUGCCCUUGAGAAUCAACCGAAGUGAUGACCUUUUCCGAAUUGCAAGAAUAAUUGUUCUUGGAAAUUGGAGCUUUGUAUACAUGUUUCCUCGUCUCAUGUUGGUCCCAAAUGGUAUGAGAGUACUUUAAGUUGAGGUGGUUCAGGAAAA